CAAAAACCGAACAACCCGGUUCGGGCUCAUUCAAUUUAGAAGAACAAUUAUUUGAAAUAGUUUUAUAUUCACCAUGGUGUCUGUAUACUGCGUGGUAAAGGUCCUCUGCAUUUGCCUGAGUUUAGCAUCAUCAUCAGCUCACAGCUCGAGCGAUGACUCGGUUCGGGACUUCAUCGAUCACGAGCUCCGUAUCCCCAACCCUGACAAAGUGCUGAAUUCAGUGCUCGGCCGGCUGCAGAGGAACCGGCAGCAGGAGCUGGAGCAACGCCAGCAGAUAUAUGAUGAAGACUGCGAAAAACAGAUUCUCCCAGAGUACACCGAGUCUCUACAAGAGCCAAAAGAAAGAGGCCUAAGGCAAUUAAAUGUUCAGAAACACUACCCUAUAUGCCAUUUGGAGAGGAAGAUUAGGAAGCUGAACACUAACGAGUACGAGUACAGGCCUGCGUACUAUGAGGAGGUGCGGUGUAGCUCGCCCACCAACGAGGAUAUGAGUGUUACUAACGAGAUAUGUUCCAGCCUUGGUUUUUCUUGUGUUCAGUGGAACAAGACCAUACAUCUGACUAGGAGGCGUUAUUCUAGUGACUGCUGGGAGACCAGGACCAUGGUGAUACCAGCGGGCUGCGAGUGCAUGUGGCCAGUCCACAGGCUUGGGGACAUGACCCUGCACGUAUGAGAUCACGCUACGCCAACAAAUCCCGACCCACGCAGUUUUUGUUAAUACAAUUAUACUUAAUUAUUUGUUAAUUCAUUAAAUUAUUCAGAUUUAC